AUGGGGAGUGGAAUGAGCAAGGUUGUCACAGGCCUCUACCUUGGGAAUAUCCGUGAUUCCGAGGACCAUGAAAACCUGCUGAGGAAUGGCGUGACCCACAUCCUCUCUGUCCACAACGGCGCCAAGCCCGUGCUGGAGGACAUGACCUAUCUGUGUAUCUCGGCCUCAGAUUCAUCCAGUCAAAACCUGCUGCAGCAUUUUAAGGAGAGCAUCAAGUUCAUCCACGAAUGCCGGCUUGGUGGGGGAGGCUGCCUCGUCCAUUGCCUGGCUGGCGUCUCCCGCAGCACCACCAUCCUGGUGGCUUAUCUGAUGACAGUGACAGAGCUGGGCUGGGAGAGCUGCCUGGCUGCCACCAAGGCUGUGAGACCCUACGUCAGCCCCAACUCCGGCUUCCAGCAGCAGCUGCAGGAAUAUGAGAGGACCCUGCUACAGGAGUAUCGUGCCUGGAUCCGCCGUGACUAUGGCAGGAACCCAUUCCAGGACCAGGAGGAGCUGCAGCGCUUGCUGGGCCAGCAGAAGCAGGGGCAGAAGGAGCAGCAGCUGGGGAGCAGGGAUUGCUCCUGGCUCCGCUCUGCAGCUCCCACCUACCCACCUCCCUGCCACACAGGUGGCACCGGCGGCAGCAGAUGGAUGAACAGAUAAGCAGCUGGCUGCUCUUGGGCAGGCGUUGGGACUUGGACUUGGAAAACUCACUUCUCCUUGCCAAGCACCUC